GCUCCCAGAUCCCCCCGCCUCCACGACGCCGCUGCUUCCCAUGGCCACCUCCGACGCCUCCUCCGCCGCCGCCGCGGGCAAGAAGCGCGGGAGCUACAACUGCGGCCGGUGCGGGCUCCCCAAGAAGGGCCACGUCUGCUCCGUCGCGGCGCCCGCCGGGGACGCCGGGACGGAGCACAAGCUGCCGAGGAGGGCGCUCCACUUCGACGAGGCGGUGGCGCCGCCGCCGCCGCCGGCGAAGAGGGUGAAGGUGGAGGUGGUUGAGGUGGACUCCGACGAGGGGGAGAGGGAGGACCGGGGCGGGCCGGUGGAGGUGGCCGGCGGGCGGCGGCUGCCCUGGGAGGCGGUGGUGGAGGUGCUGCGGCGGCUCCCGCCGAGGGGCGUGGCGGCCUCCGCCGCCGUCAGCCGCGGCUGGCGCGAGUGCGCGCGGAGGGUGUGGCGCGCCGCCGAGGAGCUCCGCCUCCGCGCCGCCGGGGUGCGCCCCGUCGGCGCGCUUCUCCCGCGCUGCCCCGCGCUGUCCACCCUCGUGCUCCGCAUGGAAAGCGACGUUGAUGCCACUAUGCUCGCAUGUGUCGCGUUUUCUUGCCCUAGUUUGCAAUCUCUGGAGAUCAGCAUGGCUGAUGGUGCAGCCAACCGGAUGACAGGGGAGGAGCUGACCAGGUUUGUCUCGGAGAAGCGAUCUCUCUCGGUUCUCAAAUUAGAUGGCUGCAGCAAUCUUGCUUUUCUUAAUAUAAACUCUUCGAGCCUUUCAACACUUUGGCUAUCAGACCUGUCUUCGCUUUCAAAAUCGGUCAUAAACUGUCCUAAUAUGAGUGAGCUCUCACUGGGGUUUACCCAACAAAAUAAUGAUUCUACCGAUCUGAUUAGUCUGAUGGAUAGUCUGGGUCGUACCUGCUCAAAUUUGAGAAACCUGCACAUAUCCUCAAUUCACUUAUGCAAUGAAGCUGUGUUUGCUCUAGAGAGUGCUAAUCUCAGGGGCCUAUGCGUGCUAUCCUUGAUUCUUGGUUCAAAAAUAACAGAUGCAGCUGUUGCAUCUAUUGUUCGCUCUUACGCAAGCUUGGAUUUACUCGAUUUAAGCGGAUCCAGCAUUACUGAUAAUGGACUUGGGAUGAUCUGCAAGGCAUUCCCUCAUACUCUAACGAGGCUUCUCCUUGCCCUGUGCCCAAAUGUCACAUCAGGUGGGGUUCAGGUGGCUACUGCACAGUUGCCACUUCUUCAGCUCAUGGACUGUGGCAAGAGCUUGUGUGCUAAUUCACAGCCUGAAGCUGAGAGAUCGUACUUUGGUGAAAUUUUUGGAGGGAUUAAAUUUUGUUCAAAAUUACCUGUCCAGAGAAAGCAGCAGCCUACUUACCAAAAGCUGAUUAUAAAGCAUGCUAACCUGAAGAAACUGAGCCUUUGGGGUUGUUCAGCUCUGGAUGCCCUGUAUGUAAAUUGUCCAGAGCUGAGUGACCUCAAUCUCAACUCGUGUACAAAUCUUCAUCCAGAACGGUUGCUUCUUCAGUGCCCAAGCUUGAAAGAUGUACACGCCUCUGGGUGCCGCGACAUGCUGAUUGGAGCAAUCAGAAACCAGGUUAUGAAUGAGUUCGCUUCAGCAGAGCCUCGGGUUCCAUGCAAGCGGCUCGCCGAUGGUUCAAAACGUGUCCAAGUGCCACAUUUCAUGCUCGAACAGCAAUUCGAGGAGGAGAAAUGGGGCGGCGGAUUGAAGCGGAGCCAAUGCACCGUCCACCUGAGCUAGCCAGUUGAAUAACCUCCAUUGCAGCCACCGAGAUUGAGUGAGGAAGAAGGCCAUUGCAGUUAGUUCUGUCAGCUUGUAGUCUACUUUACAUUUCUUCAGAUGAAUCUAGUUGAGCUAAAAUCUGACCUGACAUUGUCGUCGUCGUCAUGGAGCUUUCUCUAGCCUCCUCCGAUCUAAGUGCACUGCAACUGGAAUUGAAUUGGAUUGGAUCAAACCAAUGUAUGUGUGUGAAUUUGUGUAGCAAUGUACUCUGUAGUCUCUGUACCAUUCAAUUUUCUGUACUUGCAAGGCUUUCCCUUGAUGAACCCCUGUAGAACAAUAAGAACCUAGAUCUGUUGUGUACUCUGACAAUAUUGAGUUUUAGACUAUAUAACUGCA